GGCACCGCAGCCCAGCCGGCCCGCGGGUCGGGAGAGGAGGAGGAGGAGGAGGAGGAGCCGAGUGGGCGGGCUGGCGGGCGGCCGGGUGGCGGCAUGGCGGAGCCGAGCGGGGCAGAGACGAGGCCCCCUAUUCGGGUCACCGUCAAGACCCCCAAGGACAAGGAGGAAAUUGUGAUCUGCGAUCGAGCUUCCGUCAAGGAGUUCAAGGAGGAAAUCUCCCGGAGGUUUAAGGCUCAGCAGGAUCAGCUGGUCCUGAUCUUCGCAGGCAAGAUCCUUAAGGAUGGAGACACGCUGAACCAGCAUGGAAUCAAGGAUGGGCUCACUGUACAUCUAGUCAUCAAGACCCCACAGAAGGCUCAAGAUCCAAGUGCUACUGCUUCGCCCCCCUCUACUCCUGACCCUACCUCAGCGCCCUCCUCCACACCUGCCUCACCUGCCACCCCUGCCCAGCCCUGCAGCUCUGGCAGUGCCGCUUCAGAUGCUGGCAGUGGAAGCCGGAGGAGCAGUGGAGGGGGGCCUACCCCAGUGACUGGGGAUGGACCUCCAAGUGCUACUGCAUCAAUUCUCUCUGGCUUUGGGGGCAUCCUCGGCCUGGGCAGCCUGGGCCUGGGCUCUGCCAACUUUAUGGAGCUACAACAACAGAUGCAGAGGCAGCUGAUGUCCAACCCUGAGAUGCUGUCACAGAUUAUGGAGAACCCUUUAGUCCAGGAUAUGAUGUCAAACCCUGAUCUGAUGCGCCACAUGAUCAUGGCCAACCCCCAAAUGCAGCAACUGAUGGAACGGAAUCCUGAGAUCAGCCACAUGCUCAACAAUCCUGAGCUCAUGAGGCAGACAAUGGAGCUUGCUCGGAAUCCAGCCAUGAUGCAAGAAAUGAUGCGGAACCAGGACCGGGCCCUGAGCAACCUGGAGAGCAUCCCUGGAGGGUAUAAUGCCCUCCGCCGCAUGUACACCGACAUCCAGGAGCCCAUGUUCAGUGCUGCCCGGGAACAGUUUGGCAACAAUCCCUUCUCUUCCCUGACGGGGAACUCCGACAACUCAUCUUCCCAGCCUCUUCGGACUGAGAAUCGAGAGCCCCUCCCUAACCCCUGGAGCCCCUCGCCCCCCACCUCCCAGGCCCCCAGGUCCGGUGGGGAGGGCACCGGAGGAUCGGGGACCAGCCAGGUGCACCCGACAGUCUCGAACCCCUUUGGGAUCAAUGCGGCUAGCCUGGGGUCAGGGAUGUUCAACAGCCCAGAAAUGCAGGCACUCCUCCAACAGAUUUCUGAAAACCCCCAACUAAUGCAGAAUGUGAUCUCAGCUCCCUAUAUGCGCAGCAUGAUGCAGACACUUGCCCAGAACCCAGACUUUGCUGCUCAGAUGAUGGUGAACGUGCCGCUGUUUGCAGGGAACCCUCAACUACAGGAGCAGCUCCGCCUGCAGCUCCCUGUGUUUCUGCAGCAGAUGCAGAACCCAGAGUCUCUUUCCAUCCUCACCAAUCCCCGAGCCAUGCAGGCCUUGCUGCAGAUCCAGCAGGGACUGCAGACCCUACAGACUGAGGCCCCUGGGCUGGUACCCAGCCUUGGCUCCUUUGGAACAUCACGGACCCCAGCACCCUUGGCAGGCAGCAACUCUGGGUCUACCGCUGAGGCCCCCACCUCCUCACCAGGCAUACCAGCCACAUCUCCUUCCACAGGGGCUUCCAGUGCCCAGCAGCAGCUCAUGCAGCAGAUGAUCCAGCUUUUGGCUGGAAGUGGAAACUCACAGGUGCCGAUGCCAGAAGUGAGAUUUCAGCAGCAGCUGGAGCAGCUCAACUCCAUGGGCUUCGUCAACCGUGAAGCCAACCUGCAGGCUCUGAUUGCCACAGGAGGGGAUAUCAACGCGGCUAUUGAGAGACUUCUGGGGUCCCAGCUCUCCUGAUCCCUUGGUCCAUGCCUCCUGCCUCUCCCUCCACUCAGUGCCAGCCUUUGGUUCCUCUGUCAGGCCCCACUCUUUGCAUUCUGUCUUUUUGUCUUCUUCCUUGUCCUCUACAAACAGUAGAGUGACUUCAGAGACAUGGGCCCCAAUCCCAGCGCUCUGUCCAAGAAUUUUGGUUUUACUGCUGUCUCACAGAAUCUUUGCUCUUGGUCCUCCUUGAGCAGAGCUGUUUAGUUUGCAGUUAAUGUCAGUUGGCCCCACCUCCUUGCCCACAACGACCUUCUCAAUCUGCAGACUUCUCAUGGGACUGUAGUGAAAGGAGGAGCCCCUAUUUGCUGUGCUGAAAGCCUUCCAUCAGUACCACUAGGGUUAGCUUGCCUUACGUUUACUCUCUUCCAUCUUUUUCCUUCUCCCAAACCCCGGCCAAACCAGCGUUAGGAUUUCACUCUCUGAAGGCUGGUGAAGCAUUGUGGUUUUCUUUCUCUACCCCUAUUCUGGUUCAUCCAGCACUUUUCAUGGACUGCUUUGGGACUCCAAGGCAAAGAGAAAGAUGUCUAGUCUCUUGUCCCAAGGGAGCAGUGAGAUAGCACUCUGGACCGAAAUUAAAAAAUUAACAAGAACAGACCAAUGGAGACUGAUGCUGAAAAGCAAAAACUGAGAUGGGGGAAACAGCCUGGGCUUGGAAGAUGGAAUUGACAGUUGGGAUAUGGAAACACCAAUAGGAUUUUAGACUGGAGAAUCCAAGUCUGGGCCUGAAGAGAAAUAGAGACACUGAUAUAAUUUGAACUGAAGAAAAGAGCUCAACAAAGCUGAACAGUAUGACCCACAAGGAAUCAGGUUGGCUCCAUUUUCUCCAGCAUGUGGAUACUCACACAUACACACGUUUCCAUGAACCUAGAACUUACCUGUAUCUUCAGGCCUUGGUAAUUUGAGCCCCACCUCUAGAAGAUAUGAAGGGGAUUGGAUCUGUCAGCAAUAUGUAAUACAUGUAUACACAUACAUGUAUACACGCAUGCAAGUGUGUAGGCGUGGCUUCUUAAUUGAUUUCUGGUUCAGAGCUCUGUCACCAGAGACAAGUGAAUACAAGGGCCAGUCCAGAGUAGGGAUAUGUACAUUGGGAGAGCUGGAUCCCCUGGGUCUCUGGGUGCCUGCUAACCAGAAAGCAGUAUUGGAUUGCUCUCCUAAAGGUAUUUGCUCUGAGACCCUUGCCACUAUUACUUCUUUGGUGAAUGAUAGUUUUCUUCACCAGAGCCCCUUGGCCUUUCAUUUCUCCACUGUUUCCCUCUAGGUCAGCAAGUUCUAUUUGAGGAAGGGGUGGGAGGGUGGCAGCAAUGCCUUUAAUGUGGAAUUGGGCUUUACCGGAGCACAGAGGAGGAGGCUCUUACCACAUCCUCUCUUCUGUGUGGCCCAGCUACUUGCAGGACCCCUGGCAGAGAGUAUGGAGUAAGAGAAGAGGAGUCAUACUCCGGGUGAGAAAGGAUCCCAAGCAGUUCAAACAUGUCUGCCCUUCCCCACCCUGCCUCCCUCAACUUCUGUCCUGGCCUUUGUAAAUAAAUGAUGUGAUCUUUGUUGUGAGA